GCCUGCUUUUUCCUUUUCCAGUAGAAAUGAUGGAAGAAUUGCAUAGCCUGGACCCACGACGGCAGGAAUUACUAGAGGCCAGGUUUACUGGAGUUGGUGUUAGUAAGAUGAGAAGACCACAGCUCAUAGAACUUAAGUGAUUUGCCCAGUUUCAUACAAUGGUUCAGUGACUCAGUCCCACACCUAGCUGACUUUACACUGUUGGUACCAGCUGUUCUCAAUCAUUUUUCUAUUGGUUACACCCCGGGCCAUCCCAUUCUUUCCCACCUAGGAAAUGCAAGGGCCACUCAAUAGUGAGUCUUCCAACCAGAGCUUGUGCAGUGUGGGGUCCUUGAGUGAUAAAGAAGUAGAGACUCCUGAGAAAAAGCAGAAUGACCAGCGAAAUCGGAAAAGAAAAGCUGAACCAUAUGAAACUAGCCAAGGGAAAGGCACUCCUAGGGGACAUAAAAUUAGUGAUUACUUUGAGUUUGCUGGGGGAAGCGGGCCAGGAACCAGCCCUGGCAGAAGUGUUCCACCAGUUGCACGAUCCUCACCGCAACAUUCCUUAUCCAAUCCCUUACCGCUUCAGGGAUACACUCCCCCACGAAACGAGAGCAUUGCGGUGGGCGUGUCACAGUGCUGUGGUGGGUGCAGAGUGCUGAUCUUGAUGUGGACUCUGCGCAUGGAUUUACAAACAACAUUCACUUGGCAGGAUCAUUUUUUUGUUUGUUUGUUUCAUUUUCUGAAAUGAAAAUGUUUGAUAGUUAAUCCUAAUAAAGGGAUUCAUGCCGAUGACAAAAGCUCUACAAUUCAGAUAGUUCCCUCCAGAAGAACUGUUAUUAAAGUGUAUAGUAGGCAUGUAUUUCUAGAGCUUUCUUGGAUGUGUAUACUCAUGGAUGUGUACAUAAUAGAUUUCCUCAUUUUUCACUAUUAAUCAAUAUCCCGUACACUUCUGUAUUCUAUAAUUAGUGUUAUCAUGAAUGCCUUUUUAUUUACUUCUGUAC